AUGUCGAAAGUUGCAAGAGGUGGUGGAUGGUUAUAUACAUCAAAAAAUGAUCAAUUACAAGAAUUUAGCACAAGUAAUUUGCUUCCACGCAUAAAACAACCAGUGAAGGGUCAAUUACCUCCAUUAAAUAUUUCUUACGAUACACCUCGAAUACUAAACAAGGAUUGGGGUGAUCGUUCAUUGAUUGAAGCUGAAUCUAUUAACAGUUUUCUUUCAACAUCUCAAGAAUACCAACGUUUAUCAUUCGAAUCAAUUCGUCAAAAAUGGAAACGAUUAGAAGAAGAGAAAAUUGAUCGUCUUAUAUCGUCAUUUGAUUCACGUUACAACAUGAAAAUAAAAUUUCGUAAUGAUGUCAAACUAAAUCGUCCAAUACAAGAGAGUAAUUCAGCAUUAGCAGCCUAUUAUAAACUGAUAUCGAAUCCGUUGAGAAAACCGUGUUCGCGGCAUAAAAAGAAUCAGCAAGAGUACAAUCAAAGACAUUUUGAAACCUUAAUGAAACCAUUUGAAAAAACAAAACACCGAAGUAAACCGUAUUUUUUACCAAAAUUAGAUAUAAAAAGUUCACGUACAUCAAACACGAAUAGUACAAUCGAGUUACUCGUAGAUGAGAAUGAUAAUCAACAAGAGCAGUCCAUGUGCACCGUUACGGUGACCUAG